AUGAUAACAACUUCAUAAUCUUCAAGUGAUUCUGAAGUUAAAAAAAGAGUCAAAGAAUAUAUUUGCGGGGAUUCCCUGUGUAGAAAGAAGUAUGGGACCAAUGCUGCUUUGUAUACCCACAUCAAAAAUAAACAUCUUGGAGUUACACCUAAUGGGACUAAAAGACCAUCAUCUGAGUCAAUCAAGGGUAGGAAGGGGAGACCCCAGUAAUUGAAGGCUGAAAACAAACAGCAAGACAGUGUUACUGAGGAGAAAAUAAAGGUUGUUAAGAUAAUGAGCACUUAAUAAUUUCAAGAUUUCAUUUAUUUGAUAGGAUAGAUAGGUGAUCACCAAUUAAUUAGAGAUCAGGAUGAAUAAUACAGAUACAUCCAGAGUGAAGAAAUAGAAAAAAUUAAGAAUGAUUGUAUUGGAGAUCAAUUGCAAUUGUAAGAUUAACAUAAACAAUUUAUGAUUCAAUCGUCUCCCUUUUGGAAACCUGAAUACUUCUACUCAAAGGGAACUUUUAAGGUAUUUAUCAACAAAUAUUGA